AUGGCUGAUACCGAUUCAUUUCUCCAUCUUUCGCGGCCUCUGGGACCGGCUCUGGUUGGCGCUCAAGCCUCUACCGCCCCUCUUAAUGUUGUGAUACAACCACAAGCGAUUUUUUCAAUCCUCGAUCAUUCCCUUCGUCGCAAUGCUGACCAGGAGCGGGUCAUUGGUACUCUACUGGGGACCCGAUCCGAGGAUGGCACUGAAGUUGAGAUCCGCUCCUGUUUCGCCGUCGGGCACACGGAAACAACCGAUCAGGUCGAGGUUGAUAUGGAAUACCAGAAGCAAAUGCUUGCGCUACACUUGAAAGCUAACCCAAAGGAAGUUCUUGUGGGUUGGUACGCGACAUCCUCAGAACUGAACACGUUCUCUGCGCUCAUCCAGAAUUUUUACGGCGGUUCAGGAGAUGGAACAUGGCCUCACCCAGCCGUACAUUUAACCGUGUCUACGGCCCCAGGGAAGGAUAUUGAGACUAGGACAUACAUCUCAGCGCCAGUAGGUGUGACAGCGGAAAGAGCCGCUGACAGCGCCGCAUUCAUACCUGUGCCUUAUGAAAUUAGAUAUGGCGACGCUGAGAAGAAUGGCUUGGAGGCGAUCGCUGCCGCAAGAGAUAGCGAAAAUAGGACAGCUAAUCUGUUCACGGAUAUUGAGGCGCUAGAAAAAGCCAUCGAGGAUGUUUUGGGCAUGAUCGAUCGAGUAUCGAAAUACGUCGAGUCUGUGAUGGAUGAGGAAGCCCCCGCUUCCACGGCUCUUGGACAAUUCCUUCUUAAUGCUCUCGCUUUGGCUCCAAAAGUUAACCCUGCUGAUAUUGAAAAUGACUUUAAUAACCACAUCCAAGAUGUCCUUGUGGUUUCGUAUCUUGCCAACACCAUUCGCACACAAAUGGAACUUUCCAACCGACUAGCCACUGCACAACUUACCCUUGGUGGCGAGAGUACGGGAGCCGCCGCAGCUGGAGAAACAGGAGGACAGCGAAGCGGUCGUGGUGGUGGCCGGGGACGCGGUGGCCAGCAACGAAAUCAAGAACGCGUUGCAGUCGAAGCAUAG